AUGCUAGACACGGUGGACCGGUUGCUGGAGGAGGCGGUGUCGGGGCAGAGGGGGCCGGCGGCAUCGGCAGGGGAGGUGCGCGCGCCGUGGGAGAUCAGAGAGGAGGAGGACGCUGUCAGGAUGAGGUUCGACAUGCCGGGGCUGACCAAGGAGGAGGUGAGGGUGGCCGUUGAGGACGACGUGCUGGUGAUCCGCGGGGAGCGGCGCCACCAGGCGACGGGAGCGGAGGAAGAGGGCGGCGGCGGUGACUGGUCCGGCAGGAGCUCGAGCACCUACAGCAUGCGCCUGCUCCUGCCGGAUGACUGCGAGAAGGAGAAGAUCCAAGCGGAGCUCAAGAACGGGGUCCUGACCGUAACCGCCCCCAGGUCCAAGGUUGACCGGAAGGUCAUCGAGGUGGCCAUAGAGUAA